UAAAUAGAGAAAGUUUCCAAGCAACAGGAAUAAAUCUCCAGGCAAAGGGCUGAGUGGCAGCGCUAGAUUGUUAGCUAGAGACAACGCAAUUGUAAGACUUAGCCUUUAAAUUUCAGCACCAAGGACAGAAUUCAGCAGCAUCCCACUCCAGCACCGCUGAGCUCAGAAUCAUGGACAGCUUCCCAGUGAGGACGGCUCUCUGUCUGGGCAUCUGCCUGUCUAUUCUCGUCAUUGGCUGCCAGGGACAGACGGGACUCGAGGACGGAGCGCAGUCACAGGAGGACCGGUAUCCUCAGCAGACCUAUGCAACCCGGGAACUGGUGGAGGCCUUGGAAGAGCUGCUGGAGAACAACAGGGGCACAAUCGCAGUGGAGAAGAAAGCCAGUCAGAUCCCGCGGUGUGAUGUUGGCGAGCGGUGUGCCCUUAAACACGGGCCGAGGAUUGGUAAACUCUGCGACUGUCUCCGGGGCGCCGCGUGUAACACCUUCCUCUUGAGGUGCUACUGAACCACACGCCGACCACCGGGGCCACUCCGCCCGAACUGAGAGCCCGCCAGCUUAAACUCUUCAUUGAAUAUCGAUCGCGCUGCUCCCUGUGCUCUGUUUUCAUAUUUGUUUUGUUUUGAAUAUGUAAAUGUGAUUUUAACUGAGCCCUAUAAAUCGAUUAUUUAAAAAUAAUGGAUUGAUAAGGUGUAUAUUGUACUCUGGUAUAUUUUACACAGUACACUU